AAGGGGCUCUCUGUGAUGCGCAAUGCCAGGAUCACCCGUCUGAACCAGUUCAACAAGAAGGAGACGUGCUUCUCCAAGGUGCCCAUCCCCCAGUGUCCAGAGGGUUACACCAAGACAGAGUCCGAGCCCCGCGAGCUGGAGUUCCACUGUGUUCCCACCGAGCUAGAGAGUACCAAGAGGCUCAUUAAGCUUCACAAGACCAAGCCCCUGGAAAAGAUGGCAUCCAAACGUACCGACCGCAUCGAAGAAAUUGAAGCCGAGCUGGAAUGCCAACAGUUGUAAUAGAACUGACGGAACUCUCUAAGGAUUUUUUACACUGCUUACAAGAUAGAACUGUCCAAGAGACAGAUUUUUUUUAAACCAAGAGACAGAUGAAUUUAACAAGAACGUGAUUUUCUUUGGUAUUUUGAUCAUGUUAUCGUAGAAUGACUAUAAAGAUGACUACGAACAUGGCUUUAUGUGUACAGCGUUCUAACUAAGACUGUAAUGUUAUAUCAGGUAUUGCAGCAAUAAACUAUGGCUCUCAGACGAAA